AUGGCGACGUCUCUGCUACUCUCCUGCGGCCGUACUAACUUGCUCAAGUUCUUACAGACUUUUAAGUUGCAAGCAUGGGGGCUUCGAAGUGUACCUCCUGCUGUUUCUCUCUGCACCAAACCAGGGGAUGAUAAGAAAGUCUCCAAAAAAAAUAAAGGUGAGAUCAUAAUUAACACUAAACCUGAUGCUGCUGUAAAAUUAAAAGAUGAAGAUCUGAGGAAAUACUUGGCUAAGAAAACUGUGGUAAAAUUUCCUCAGAGAGCAAAGCUUCCUUCUCUUGCGGGACAGUCUGUUGUUUCCUCAACAGCAGGCUUGGGGAAGAAGAAGGGAGAUGAAGAGACAUCCUCUUCUUCAAGCUCUGAGUCAGAUUCUAGCUCUGAUUCUGAUGAGGAAGAUUCUGCCUUCAAAGAUACCAUAAAAACCAAUGUAUCAUUUCCAAGUCGAGAUCCCCCCUCUUCUGGUGACAGAAUGAAGAAAGCAAAGAAAACAAGUGAAAAACACUUUCCCCGAGAGCAGGUCAAAGGCAAAGCACCUGAGAAGCUCCCUUAUAGUCCGGGAUUCACAGAAAGCCCCGUGAAACAAAAGGAGGUGCAUCAGACAACAGCCGGUGACAAAUUGUUAUGGUCAGAUUUGUCAAAGUCUGCCACAAACCGAAGACAUGAAGAAGCUCAUUUAAAGAGCACAGACGUUGGAACAAAAGUUGCAGAGAGUCAGAGGCCAACAGACAUAGCUAAGCAGCUGGAGGAAUCUCUCCCUGAAGCAUCUCCCCCUGGAGCAACUUCAAGUAUAUUGUCUAGAACUCAGUCAGUGCCUCAUCAAAAUGCAGCUCAAAACCUGACUUUGCCAAGACAGGGGGAAAGUGUGGCAAUGGAGGCACAAAAGACUGACAUGCAGGGAAGAACUGCUGCUGUGCCACAAGGAGAGGUUUUGGAUGGCCGAAUGCUGGCGGCAGAAACCACAGUGAAGGAGGAGAUUGCCCUGGAAGCAGGAGUUCAGACUGAACAACAAAGCACUAUAGAGGAGGCCGAGCCGCCAGUUGAAACUGCUCCAGAAACAUUUGACAUGUCUACCUACAAGAAUCUGCAGCACCAUGAUUAUACACCAUACACCUUUGUGGAUUAUGACGUUCAGCUUGCAAAAUUCAGGCUGCCUCAGCCAUCAUCUGGGAGAGUAUCUCCACGACACUGAAUCAAAUGUGGAAACGCACAAACAAAUUAAUUCCGACAGUGAAGGAAUAUCCAUGCUACAAUUAAAGUGCUCCAAAUGA